AUGGAUGAUAUGAAAGAAAAUGCAGGCGGUAACAUUGUUCUGAUUGUUACUCCAAUAAACGCUCUGGUUGAUAACCAGAUAUCCAUCUUGCAUGAACAUGGAAUUGAAGCAACUGUUUUGAGAAGCAAGAGCUGGUAUGCAAAUCCAACUGACAAUGAAGAAGAUGGGACUGAUACACCUAAGGAUUGUGAGGAAAAUCUUGCAGGACUUUCACUUGAUACCACCACAGUAAGGAAAAUCAAACAAGGAAUGUUCAAAAUAAUAUUCUCUCAUCCAGAAGCUUUCAUUUCUUGUUUAGAAGGGAGACGACUUCGUAUGUCUAGCGUAUUGCAAAACAACGUUGUAUCAUGUGUUGCUGACGAAGGGCAUCUUGUCGAAGAAUGGGGAGUGGAGUUUCGUAAAGAUUUUGUAAAACUAUCCCAAUUAGGAUCGCUUUUUCCUAAAGCACUGUUGUUAGUUUUAACUGCAACAGCACCUAAACAUGUACGAGAAGCGCUAACAAACACUCUUUUGCUCAGUAAUCCGAGAGUGGUGGUUGCUAAUUUAGAUCGGUCAAACAUUUCUAUAUACAAGGAGAAACGAAUGCCAGCAUCUGCAGGAGAAGACAGUUUUAAAGCAAUCCUAGUUCCCAUCGCAAAUAAUUUGAAGAAUCUAUUAAGGGAGUAUCCACUCACAUUAAUAUAUUUGCCACCAAAGUGGUGUGGUUAUGCAUUCAAGCUUUUCUCCGAUAUACUGGGUGAAAAAAGUUAUUUUCCUCCAGGAGUCAUAAAACCUGAGAAUUGUCUUUCUGCCCAGUUUCAUUCUCUGCAAACUGAACUAAUGAAAAAUGAAAUAAUGAAGCAAUUGCAAGGUUGUGACAAAUCAAGAUCUAUUCAUGUUGUUUUCGCUACAGUUGCAAUAGGAAUUGGUGUUAACAUUCACAAUAUUAGGCAUGUCAUUCAUAUUACAGUUCCAGGAACGAUUGAGUGCUAUUAUUAA